AUGAAUGUCUCAUGGGUCCUUAAUAACUCAGAAUCUCAUUGCAGAAGCUUUCACAAUGUAUCCGAUCAAAGCCAACGCAAAUGGCCCCCUCAAACGCUGGUAUUCGACUCGGUUUUAAUCGGAUCUACAUUGAAUCUACAUAGCACUGGAUUCUAUGUACUACUAAGGCAAAUGAUAAUAUUCCUUCUUCUACUGCUAGUACCAAAUGCACAAUCGCAGUCAUCAUGCAGUUCCACCGGCGAAUGGACAACAUGGAGUGAAUGGACAGCGUGUCCUCGACAAACAACUUCACUGAUGAACUUUAGAGCAAGACUGCGAACUUGUGAACCUCGACCGGUGGGCUGUAGGGUUGAACGAUCGUAUUCAUGCUCAGGAACAUAUUCUGAGGUGGUCUACUGCACUGAUCCAGAUCCAGUCUCCACUACAGAAUCGAUAGAAGCACCUAUAAAUACGACAUUUAUUAUAGAAAAUCCAACUUCGACGACAUUGCUCUCCACUACUUCGACAACCUUACUCUCCUCUACUUCGACGACAUUACUCUCCUCUACUGAACCAACAGCAGAGCAGACCUCCACACUGCUCCUAACUUCUUCUUCGGAACCGGAACUGUCAAGUGCCAGCGCCACGGAAACUUCCACUAUUGCACCUAACCCUACAAUAACCACUGUCUUAACAACACCAAGUGUGACCUCAUGGUCUACUAGAGGCCCUGUAGCUCGGCCCACCACGCCUGGGUCUCCACAAGAUGAAGAUGAAACAAGUACAGCCGUAGACAUAGACAUUUCUACUGCAGCUCCAGACGAAGAUUCAACAGCUGAUAGCGAAGAAGCUACUACAAAUAUCAAUAAUUAUGAUUAUGAUGACACUGAUUCUACAAGUAAAGCUGUUGUCACUAGUUCUGCUAAAGCGGUUACAGAUGCCGAAUCAACUGGCACGACCUACAACAAAGAGAUCACGGCUCAAACAACAAAGAUUACCUCAGAAUCUGCACUACUUGACGAUACUACUCAACUUAUGACCAAUGAUGGUGCAGAAGAUGAUGGCGAGACUGAGGCUAAUGAUUCCACAGCCGGAAAUUUGCCGAGUACCACUCAAGAUGUGGAAGCGAGUGGUGAUGAAGAGACGACAAGCACUGUGUCUUACAAUCCGGUCACUGAUACGGCUAAUGUCAAAGAGACAACUACUUCUACACACCAGAGCUCCUUAGAAACUAGUGGCGCGCAGGUUACAGAUGAUUAUGAGGAAGACGUUGAUUCAACGAGUAAAGCUACAACCGAUAGUGCAAGAGGUCCUAGCACGACAAGCACUGUGUCUUACAAUCCGGUCACUGAUACUACGACCAAUAUCAAAGAGACAACUACUUCUACAGGCCAGAGCUUCUUAGAAACUAGUGGGGCGCAGGUUACAGAUCAUGUGGAAGACGUUAAUUCAACUAGUAAAGCUACAACCGAUACUGCAAAAGGUCCUAGCACACAUGCCACUACUGACGAAAAUUAUGAAGAUUUUGAAGAAACCACGGCAGGGGACGAGUAUACUGACGAAGUCAUGACUACUGCAAAAGCUGUGACUGAAGCAGAAUCAGCAGAAGAGUCUGAGUCAACUCCACACCUCUCCUCUCCUACAGGUCUUGGAAGUGACUCUACCGAGACGCUUACCCGGGUUAGCCGUGCCAUAAGCACUUCUUUUUACCCAACUAGUGAGCACAGUAACACCAAUGAAGGUAGCGGAACGAACACAAACCAAUCGACUGACCCAGUAACAAGCACUCCAAGUUUCACAGCGACUGAAGGUUCGUCUCGAGAAAGCGCCGGGUCAGAUACAGAGGAUACUGUGCGUCCAACUAGCAUUACUGAUGAGCCGGAAGAGGGCAGCAGUACUGCAGAAGAGCCCCUAACUAACCCAAUAACUACACAAGAUGUUACUUUGAAUUCACUCGAUAACACCGAUUCCACCCCAGAUCAGUCAGCACACAGCACCACUCAAUCAAGGCAACCUAUCAGUAGCACAGAUUCCUUACUAACAACACUUGUCGAAGAUAACCCGGUCAGAAUCAGCACCAUCGACAUCACGUCUGAACCCAUGUCAUUGUCAACAGAACAGGUUAGCAGCAGCACCGAUGAUUCCAACCUGUCCUCUUCUACAGAGGCUUUACCAGUACUCACAUCAACACCUGCUAACAUCGAAACGACCCAGCUGGGAGAAAUUAGUACCACAAUUGAUACAAGUGAGAGAAUUACUUCGAAUGGCUCAGCGGGUACGACGGAGUCUAAUGUCGCAAGCGGCAGCAGCGACGGUUUCACUUCAUUUACUGAAGCGGAUACAACGCCAUCUGAGGAACAGAGUGUUACUGCUGAGGAUCUGCCCACAGAUGUAGUAUCAAAUGUGCCUACAGACGAGAACAGCGACACAGAUGUGGAGACAGCGACUGCAAAUCCAGUAACAAGAGCGUCAGAACCUGUUACCACUACUGCCACACCAAUUUGCGACGAUUGUCCGGAGUUGAAUGUUCACCUAUACGAUGAUGAUCCGUUCGAAGAUGGUGCCUCUGUUCUUAAUCGUUACUCUGUUAGGGGCUGCAAAUUUGUUCAGUUCUUUUGUCGUCCAUUUGAGGCUGGUGAUGAACGACCUGUACGGACACUAUUCAAUAGAAAUGCUUCUAUCGAUGACCUGCCAUUGAACGUGGACGUUGCUUGUAGGAACGGACAAUGGUACGAACAGGGACGCAAUUUAAGAGUCAACUCCCUUUCUUGUAUCUAUGAGCCACCAACAACAACUACAGUAACAACGACUACAACUACAGAAACAACGACUACAACUUUCGCACCGGGAGACCCGAAUAACCCUUGCAAUCAAUGCAAUACCGAAGUAUACGUCAGUCCUAGAACUGGACAGGAAGGAUCAACGUACAUGGAUUUCCGUUUUGAGGAAUGUCUCUCCGUUCAGCUGUUCUGCCAACCACUGAAGAGCAGCACGUAUGUCGACUUGCUUGAAAAUGGCCAAUCUGUGGAACUUACCGGGAACACAGUCAAUCGAACUCUUGUAUGCACGGAAGACACGGAAUGGAUGGACACUCGCUCGCAGCUGAUUAUCUCGAACGUCACCUGUCAAAUGAGAGAUGGAAUGCCGCCGUUCCCUCCACUCAAUCCGUCGACGGCCAUCCCAACCACAGUCAACAAAUCUCCAACCUCUACCUCUACGAGACCGUGGUAUAAUAAAACGAAUCCCUUAUCCACAGUGGAAGAUACCACAGAAAUGACGACUUCAGCAUCUGGAUUAGAAUCAACGGAGCCGCAGGUUGGGUCUUCGUCUGCUUUUGAAUCGGAAUCGCCAGCAACUAGUCAAACAAUGACCGAUGGGACAAGUCUUAUAUCAGACGAGAUUUCCACGAAUCUUCCGGAAUUUUCUACUUCAGAAGCUGUGGAGGGAACAGAGACUAUUGGAGAAAGCACAGAAACCGCUGAACUGGGCGAGCGUAGCACAAUUUCUUCAAAUGGAUCCCCAGCCACAGAUAUACCAGACGGUACAACAUUUCCUGCAGGAGACACAACCAUAGCGGCAUCAUCAUCGCUUUCGGAGGCAUCAACUCCUCCAAAUGAAUUGUCUACCGUGCUUGAAGAAACAACCAACCAAGAUUUCAGCAGUUCGGUGCCAGGAUUUGAUACCUCUCCUGGUCAAACUGAUACGGAUACUACCAAUCUAAGUGAAAACAGCUCAACAUUUCCACCUGAAGAACCAUCAACUUUAGGUAUAGCUGAUAGUACACCGUCUACUGAAGAAACUUUACCACCCAUUCCUUUUACUGGAGGGUUCCCUACGAUAGGUGAAACAACUGUAGGAGAAGUAGAGACACUAGCUUCAGAAGUUACUACAGAACAACCAGAAGACACCAGUACAGUUCAAGACUCUUCCUCACUCUCAAGUGCUCCUCAGGAAACAACUUCUCCCAACUCAAAAACGGGGGCAAUAGAUUCAACUCCACUCGCUGAGAACACAUCUGGGGUUGAUCUACAGUCUACAGAGGCUAAAACAACGCUGGAAGUAUCAACAUCGAGUUUGCCAGGUAUGGAGACAACAUUUGAUGAAAGCGAUGCUACACCUCCUUCGGACGAAAUAUCCGCCACUCCUACUGAAACAGACGAAGCAACGGGGCCAAUUGAGACUUCUGCACAGCAGACGUCAUCCGCAGGAGAAACAGUUGCUUCUACAAUGUCAGAAAGUGAAUCUACGGUUGCUGAUCUUAGCACAUCUCGUCCGGAAGAAUUUCCCACAUCUGCUCUUCCAGCCUCUCCAACGGCAGGACCACUCACGACUUUUGAGCAGUCAUCAGCUCCUCCCCUGAACUCAGUUAGUGAAGGUGAAACCUCUACGGUAGCAGAAACUGAAAGCACAAACAGCGGUUCUCCAAUAAUGACGAGAUCUCCUUCUAUGGCGACGUCAACAGUGAUUGAGACUUCAGAUGCCACUAAUACUGCGUCCAUUGCUCCUUCCUCAGUAUCUCCUGUAACAGAAACUGACAUUUCCAACACAGAGACUACGGCUGAGCAGACCAUCUCAAUAGAAACAGGCCUUCCAUUGACAACAGUAGCUGAAGUAACCUCUGCUCUCAUCUCAACAGCAUUUUCGUCACUUACCAAUACUGCGCCAUUCCUGACAACUUCCCAGUUACCGAUAACACAAGCAAGCGAAAUUCCAACUGCGACGACUGAGCAAGAAACCGAAUCUGCAAGGGUUACUACAGAUGCGACAAGCGCUGGUGGCGAGCUCUCGUCUGUUGUGCCAUCUACUCAGUCAGAGACUGCCUCGAGCGCAGCUCCCAUAACCCGCUCUGUGCCUACAUCAGUUCUAGAGACGGAAACAGCCACAGUGUCACAAUCGCAGUCCACACAAGUGGUGACCGUGACGACGGCAGCAAAUCUCACGAAUGAGGCAACCGUUUCUGAUGCAGCAACUACAUUGCGGACAACGGGUGUUAGCCCAAGCGUGUCUACGACAGGAUCUUUUGUGGUAUCGACCACUUCGAGAAAUCUGGGACUCUGCGGAGCAUGCAGCAACAUGCCUGCUCAUCCGAUGACUAUGCCGGAUACUUAUAAUGGUAUGAUGGUGCUCGAUCAUACUUGGGAUAAUGAUUGCUUGCUUGUAGACGUCAGCUGCAUACCGACUAGGGUGAACGAAACCGCCACACUAAUGUUGAACGGAGCGGAACCCUUGUUGAGCGGUGUGGGACCACAAGAAGCAAGGUUCACAUGCAACAGAGAUGCUUCCUGGAGGAGCACUAAUGGUGCCACUGUCAGAAAUGUUUCCUGCUUGGUGCAGUUACGAUUUGGGGGCGUCACCUCUACGCCACAGAAUCCUACUGAAGCACCACUUUCAACAACCGCAACCACUCCAUCUCCCGGAAUAGAUCCAUGCAAGAGAUGUGUUCGCCUACCAGUGGUUCCACUAACAACUGGUUACGAAAACGGUUUUAUCACUCUCUUCACAUCCAGAAAUGGUACUUGCAUGACUGCUGCACUCACAUGUGAAGGAAAUAAGCCUAGCGACGAACUGGCGUUAGUUGUAAGUGGCACGAUCUUCCGAAACGGAGCAGCUCCUUUACAAAUGGAUCUCACUUGCAAUAAUAUGAUGACUUGGGCAACUCCAGAUGGAUACGUUAUACCAUCAAUUUCAUGUGGUAUCAGAACAGCUUCAACAUCCAGCUUCCCUUCUACUACCACUGUGACACCUUCUACUACUACUAUACUUACUACUACUGUGACACCUUCCACUACUACUAUUUUUACUACCACAACUACACCCGCUCCUAUCAAUACUACACUGCAAGAGAUAACUACCGUUAGAAGUAUACCAACAACAUCAACAACAACAACCACUACUAGUGCAACCACGGUCGCUAGACCAUCUUUAUCUACGAUACCGAAUUCAUUAAGCACACCACAGGAGAAUUUCGGAGAUUGUGAAGCAUGUAGCAAUAUGCCGGCUCGUCCUAUGACUGUGGCAGGUACUUACAACGGCAUGAUGGUGCUUGAUCACACUUCGAAUGCAAACGGCUGCAAAUUCGUAAAUGUCGAGUGUGUUCCAACUCAGGCUGGCCAAAGGGCAACACUGUACAUGAACGAGAACUCAGCUAUGGUGAACGGUGUGGGAUCACAACAGGCAAGAUUGUCGUGCAGCAGAGACGGUGCCUGGGUAACUGCCCAAAAUGCUGUUGUGAAUAGCGUCUCUUGCCUAGUAGAUGUCAACGCUAGCGGAUCGACGCGUUUACCCGUAAGCUCCACUAGUAUGCCAGUGACGACCACAACAGAGGAGACUCCUCCCGGAACAGCUCCAUGUAUGAGAUGUUCACGGCUAAGCGUGGUGCCUCUCACGUCUGGAUAUAACAAUGGAUUUACAACACUUCUCACAUCAUCCAAUGGAGAGUGUAAGACAGUAGAAAUGACUUGCGAAGGAACUAGGAUUUCCGACAACCUUGCAUUAGUGAUAAGUGGUACCGUAUUCGAUCAAGGCGUUGGGUCGCUGAGGAUGAACUUUACCUGCAAUGAUAUGAUGACUUGGACGACAUCAAGUGGAUACGCCGUGCCCUUUAUAUCGUGCGGAGUCAGACUACCCCCUUCAACAACUACUCCGCCCACAACGACGACCACCACCACUACCACAACGACAACUACUUCAACGACCACAUCACCGACGACAUCUUCAACUAGGUGCAGCCAGUGCCCGAAUCUGCAGCCGCUUCCGCCCGGAACCCUUGGCGCAGAUGAAACUACCGGGCUGCUCGUUCUUGACCACUUCCACGAUUUCUCGGGAUGCAGAGUGGUUGUUAUAAGAUGCACAGCUAGUACUGGAUAUACGAACGCAACCGUGUUCUUUAAUAACAGAGCCGUAUUGUCAGCACCACAGAGGAUUUCUAGCUCACUCUCAUGUAUGUCAAAUGGCAAGUGGAUGAGACUGAAUGAAGAGAUCGUUUCGACAGCUUGUGUGGUUCAAAGAACACCUAGCGAUGCAACUGAUUCUCCACUAGAAACUAUCACUACGCCAUUUGCUCCAAUCACAACAGCGCCAGGAUCGGUGCCAUGCUCAAAUUGCAAUCGACAGCUCGUGACAAGUGUACCAGCUGGGUAUCAGAAUGGUUUUCUAACAAUGGAUACUUACUCAACCGAUAACUGCAUCAAUGUCGAGCUCUCGUGCGCAGCACCAGAUCGAACCUCCGAAGUAGCGCUAAUGAGUGCCUUGGGAGAACUCAUACGAGCACCUGCGAUGGCGAAUCUGACCCUGUCGUGUAACAGCCAGACUAAUUGGAUUACUCCCACAGGCAGAACUAUCGAUAGUCUCAGUUGCGCUGUUAUACAACGGGCUUCUGAAACUGUUCCACCAACGACAGGGACGACUACGCCGAUGACCACGACGGGGUUGUCAUGUGCAUCCUCGACAUGGGCAGAAUGGCGAGAAUGGUCGAACUGCACAGAUACCUGUGGAUCUUGCGGUACAAUGCAGCGAUUCCGAGCUUGCAACAAAGCGAUGCCCGAGUGUCUUUGCGAAGGGACGGCAUUUGAGAAGGUUGUCUGUAAUCAAGAAGUGUGCCGAUACCCACGACAAAGUGCUUGCUGUGAAGGUUACACGCCAACAUCGUACAAUGGAAGAUUCUUUUGCAUGAAAACGCAAGCGAGACCUACCACAUAAGAUAAAUAAGGAAGAUUUCUAUGUGCUGAACAAUAUAG